CCGCUCUUCUGUUUUCACUUUUCCAAUAAACUGAUGAAUUUUCCCUGACUACCGAAAAAAAUAUAGAAUCUUUCCUCAACCCGGAGGUGCACAAAUCCGAAGGCGAAGCUAAAUCGUCCUGGUCUUUGACCUCCCACGCUUCAACGUUCAUCCAGGUACCCAGUGAAAGGAAGAAGCAAAUCAUCUUGUUUUGGCCUGCAAAUUUACCAUCGGCAAAACGCAAGUGUAAUAUCGAGGUCUUAAAGCCAUACUUGAUAGCCCACUAUGAUUCCAGAUACUGCUGAUCCGAGUUACUGGUUGAACUGGAGGUUUUUGCUCUGCGCAAUAUGCAUUUUAGCCUCUUUGGUACUAGGGUUGUUUUUAAUAUGGAAGUACGAAGGAGUCAAGAGAUCAAGACGUCAGGGGAGAGAGAAUCAGCAGGAAACGGAUGGUUCAUUGUAUAACGAUGAAGCAUGGAAGACGUGUCUCAAAGGACUUCAUCCUGCUUGGCUGCUGGCUUACAGACUAAUUGCUUUCCUUGCGCUUUUGGGGUUGCUCAUUGCUGAUGUGGUUUUCCAUGGAGGCCACAUAUUUUACUUCUAUACUCAGUGGACCUUUUCUUUGGUCGUUAUUUACUUUGGGCUUGGAUCAUCUUUAUCCAUAUAUGGAUGUUGUGUCAGCGAUAAGUCUGGGCCUAUUAUGCCCAACGGCAAUACAGCUUCAACACUUGGAGUUGGUGUAGAUAUGUCCAACCUGCUGAAAAAUCCAAAUGCUCUUCAGGUGCCUCAUGCACGGGAAGCUGCUGGUGUAUGGGUUUAUGCCUUUCAAAUAAUUUAUCAGAUGUGUGCAGGUGCUGUAGCUCUCACUGAUUGUGUGUUCUGGCUUGUCCUCUAUCCACUUCUAAAUGAUAAAGCAAUCGCACUGAACUUCUUGAUUGUUUGCAUGCACUCGGUUAAUGCUGUUUUCCUUCUUGGUGACAUGGCACUGAAUUGCUUGAGGUUUCCAAUGUUUCGGUUUGGAUAUUUUGUCUUGUGGACAUGUACAUUUGUAAUUUUCCAAUGGGUCUUCCAUAUGUUUGUAUCAACGAGUUGGCCUUAUCCUUUCCUUGAGCUGUCAUCCCCAUAUGCUCCCUUAUGGUACCUAGCAGUGGGUGUGCUGCAUAUUCCAUGCUACUGCGCAUUUGCUUUGGUAGUGAAGCUGAAGAACUUGUGGUUGUCAAGAUCAUUUCCAGGCUCCUCUCAGAUUGUGAGAUGACCUUAACAUAUUAGAUUACUCCAUUGUCCAUUCUAGCAGAAGGAUUCUGAACAACAAUUAUGGUUAUACAAGGUGUUUAUGUAAUUAAAACCCUUUUCUCUCUCUCUCUCUCUGUCUCUCUCUCUCUCUCUCACAGAAACACAAGAGGUGUGCUGUAAGGAUCAUGCCAUUUUAUCUCUGUGGGCAACGUUAGAGAGGAUAAAGAUUGACUAAAUUUGAGUAGCAUUAUUCAUAAAUCUUAUUGACAAUGUAGUUUCCUAUAUAUGUUAAAUUUUAUGUUGAUAACUCUUAACAAAGGAUGAAUUCUAUGCUGUUUGAUUAUUUAAAA